AUGAGCCGAGUUGAGUCGAACUCGCCUCAGUUCAGCUCGAUCAUUGAAGGUUUGUGUUCAGCAGGCAAGGUUGAAGAAGCCGAGGCAUAUUUUAACGCUCUGAAAGUUAAAAGCGUCGAAAUCUAUACUUCCAUGGUUAAUGGUUAUUGUGAAGCUGGUCUUGUUGAAAAAUCAUGCAAACUUUUCUGCGAGAUUUCAAAAGAAGGAGAUAUUUCAGAAGAAACUCCCGGUUUUAAGAAACUUAGCAGAGUAAUGUAUUCUAAAGUAUUAGCUGCAUUGUGCAAGGAAGGGAAUGUAGAACAUGCUCGCUCGUUGUUCCAUUUUUUCCUCGAGAGGGGAUUUACGCCCGAUGUUGUAACUUACACGAUUAUGAUAAAAAGUUAUUGUAGAUUGAAUUGCUUGCAAGAGGCUCAUGAUCUCUUCCGGGAUAUGAAGAGCAGAGGGAUAAAGCCUGAUGUAAUUACGUACACGGUUCUACUCGACGGGAAGUUCAAACAAGUGAAUUUAAAAAGGUGUUUCUUUUCGCAGCACAAAAAAGGAAGUGAUGCAACGUACGGUGUUUCGACUAUCUUGACAGAAAUGCAGCAAACGAAAGUAAGUCCGGAUGUGGUUAUUUACACUGUUCUGAUUGACGGAUUCGUAAAGGUCGAUAACUUUCAAGAAGCGGUUAGAUUCUUCAAUGAAAUUAUUGAGCUGAGACUCGAACCGGAUAAUGUAACUUACACUGCUCUACUUUCUGGUCUGUUAAACCGCGGGCACACCGAGAAAGCUGUUAUAUUGUAUAAUGAAAUGUCUUCCAAGGGAAUGAUGCCACCCUUGCCCAUCAUCUCGAAGUUAAAACGCCAAGUUAUUAAAGCUAGAAAGGUGCAGUUUCGAAAGUAG